GGCAGCGUAUCGGCCACCACUCAGUCCUCAGCGAGACGUUGGAAGGUGAACACGUGUCUCCAGCCCACCUGGAGAUUUGCCCACUCGCCCUCACUCAGAUUCGGGUUAGCUUGCGUCAACACAUCGUCUGUGCAACACUCGGCCUGGAUCAGCACGAGCGAUUCGGACUGCGCGUUCCUGAAGCUAGCGUUCGACUUUGAGUCCAGCCACAUCCAGUUCCUGAUGGCGUCGCUGCGGUUAACGGUGACGUCGUGGAUCCUCCUGGCAGCGACGGUGUCCGCGGCGCCCCAAGGGCUGGACCCCAACAUGAUCAUUUUCCCCGACGAAAUCAACACAAUCCGAGACAGACUCGCCCUCGAACAGUGCCGUCGAGACCCGAACUGCGCCGCCCCCCAAAACCCGGACUUCAACCUGAGCUGCAGCAGCGGCGGGUCGGCGGCGCAGAAACAUGCUCAGGAACGUGAUCAACCUGCGCUCCGGAGUAGGAACCUGCAACUCCAUGAUCGGGGAGGUGAGGUGGCCGGCGACGGGGGAGUGUGUCAAGCUCCUCACCCAAGGGCCGUGCCCCCCGGGACAGUGGGUUAAGCUCACUCUCUCUACGUUUGACCCCGUGUGCUCGCCGAGGCCGUGCAGCGACCGGGAGGCGCUGAUGGAGGGCUCCUGCCACUCGCUGGCCGACGUCUCCAAGUGCCCGCCCCGCCAGCAGCUGUUCAUCAACGAGGCCGGCGAGGGCGAGUGCGACUGCCUCCCCGGCAUGGUGUUCUUCGAGCAGACCAACACCUGCUACACGCCUUACACCCAGGGGCCGUGCCAGCCGGGACACAUCAUCAGAGUCCUGGACGCGGAUGUGAGCGGCCGCGCCCAGUGCGUGCGCAACGCCUGCCCGUCGGCCAACAUGGUGCCGAUGGACUCGCAGUGCCACAUCCACACCACGAGGAGCGCGGGGAUCUCGUGCUUCAGCAUCAACACCCCCGGCCCCUGCGCAGAGGGCGAGCUCGUCAUUGACAACGUCCUCAACGAGCCCGUCUGCCUCCAGACGGAAACCCACAGCAUCUUCAACCUGCCCAAUACCAAGGCUUGCCCCCGAGGCUCCAUCCGCGACCAGCUGGGCAGGUGCCGCCGCGAUAAGAGCCUGCUGUUCCAGCGGUUGCCCCCCGUGGUGACCAGCCGCCCGGGUCCCCAGCCCAACCACGACGGCCUCUGCCCCCCGGGGUUCGAACUCCUCGGAGGCACGUGCAUUAGAUUAGGUUAAGGCCGCAUCCUCUUCCCCGGCGGCCACCGCGAAGCCAAAGACUGCUGCUGUCGAACGGAGUCCCUUCCACCCUCCCCGGGCAUUCCUCCCUCACGCCCUUCCGUCUUGCCCUGUGUCAACGUUUCCAGUUGCGCCUGUAUAUCAUACAUUCCCAUACAGAGUUAUUCACACGCCUACCGACUGCUUUAGUUAUUCAAGGGUGUUGCAAUGUUUUCUCUGGUCCAAGGGCUCCAUGUGUUGAUGAAUGGACUUUUGUGAUAACUAUACAUGAAGUUUAUUUUCUUGUAUUAUACUUCUAUUAGGUUUACGAUGCAUUUCUUAUUGUUAAUGUAUAUACUGUUUCGAAUUACAAUAAAAUAAUGAUAAAAAUAUC